GCGGGGGCCCGCGGCGGCGGGGGGCCAUGGCCACCCGGCGUCUAACGGACGCGUUCUUGUUGUUGCGGAACAACGCGGUGCAGAGCCGGCAGCUGCUGGCCGAGCAAGUGAGUAGUUACGGCUCCUCCAGCCCUCUGAGUUCACGUAGCAUGGCUGCUGCGGAGCUGGAUGAGCUUGCUGAUGAUCGUAUGGCACUGGUAUCAGGAAUAAGUUUAGAUCCUGAAGCAGCAAUUGGUGUAACAAAACGAUUACCUCCCAAAUGGGUUGAUGGAGCAGAUGAAAUUCAGUAUGAUAUCGCCAGGGUUAAACAGAAGAUGAAAGAAUUAGCUAGUCUUCAUGAUAAACACCUAAACAGACCAACAUUGGAUGACAGCAGUGAAGAAGAACAUGCAAUAGAAAUAACCACCCAAGAGAUCACACAGUUAUUUCACAGGUGUCAGAGAGCAGUCCAGGUCUUGCAAAGCAGGUCACGGAUUUGUACAGAACAAGAAGAACGUGUUCUCAGGAAUGUAGUGUCUUCCUUAGCACAGUCCCUUCAGGACCUAUCCACCAACUUUAGGCAUGCACAGUCUGACUAUCUCAAACGCAUGAAAAACAGAGAAGAAAGAUCCAAACACUUCUUUGACACGUCAGUCCCACUUAUGGAUGAUGGAGAGGACAAUACACUUUAUGAUAGGGGUUUUACAGAUGACCAACUAGCAUUGGUGGAGCAAAACACGUUAAUGGUGGAAGAGCGAGAAAGAGAAAUCCGUCAGAUUGUACAGUCAAUCUCUGAUCUGAAUGAAAUAUUUAGGGACCUGGGAGCAAUGAUAGUAGAACAGGGAACAGUUCUAGAUAGAAUUGACUACAAUGUUGAACAGUCAUGUAUCAAAACUGAAGAGGGCCUAAAACAGUUGCAUAAGGCAGAGCAAUAUCAAAAGAAGAAUCGGAAGAUGCUUGUUAUUUUAAUUUUGUUUGUUGUAGUAAUUGUCCUUAUUGUUGUUCUCAUUGGUGUAAAGUCACACUAGGUUUCACUUAAUUUUCUUUCUUUUUUUUUUUUUUUUUUUGGCGGGGGGGGGAGUUUGUGAACUUUUUUCCCAGUGUGAAUGGAUGGACCUGCACUCCAGAAAGCUGCCUUUGAAUGUAUAAACCCUUGUGGUACAAAGUCUGUGCAAUGUUUCAGAACUCUUUGAAGUACAAGUUUGGUCAUCUGUGAGGUGUUCGUAAAGAUUAUAUGGAAAGUGUUGGAAAUUUGAUGAUGCUCUGGAACAAAUUAUCUGGCUCUUUAUCCAGAGGUAUUUGGAAACACAGUACAUUAAAAAAUAUGUAUAUAUUAAUGACUACAGUAAGUAGUGUGUUAUUGUAAACAAAAAUGUUUUCUGUCUUUUUGUCAUAGUUAUCAUGGGCUUCAAAUUUAAACAAUGUUACUGAGUCACGGGGCUCAAUAACAAACAGAUCUAGAUUCAAGAUGCAUUAGAAGAAGCACAAAAAUGUUUGACUUCGUCUCUUUUCCUCCAGAUUCAAUCCUCCCCACAAAGAACUGGAUAGACUGCUAAAAAGGAGAGCUUUUAACAACCAGAACCUAAUCCAUCCCUGUGAUCUUAAUUUAGAUAUUGCACCAUUGCUAAGAAUCAGAGCAGUACUUAGUCUUGUAAAUAACAAGAUUUAAUCACUGACAUAAUUUAACCUGUUUAGUUAAUUAAAAAACUUUAUAAGCUUGAGUAAUCAUGGGAAUGUUUUUUCCUCUUCAGAAAGAUUGCAUAUGUGUUUCCAUAUACAGUUUUUUUAUAUAGUUUAAAGUACAACCAUUACAUUGAAACAGUGAUAAAGUUAAAGCCAAAAAAUACAGAGAUUAUCCUUUUGGCCUUCUAUAUCAUCUGGCCUGCUAUCGCGGAUCUGGGAUAUUUCAUUCUACUGUUGUUGCAUAAGCUGUUUAUAUUACAGUCCAUCUGUCCAUAGAAGUUGGUAAGCUUUUAUAUAAAAAUGUGAAUUCACUACAGUAUAUAUUGCACCCAUUCUCUGUGAUAAGAUUAUUUUUUCAAACACCUACCUGGAAGAGGACAGGUUAUUGGUCUUCUGCUGAUCAUGACAAAUGUGCGACUGACAGGUAUUAGGCCUUCAUUAUAGGAUUUGGGGGAUUUUCUACUUUUUUUUUGCAGCUUAAAAUUUUGCCGUGGGCCAUGAAAGAAAAUAGGGAAACAUUUAGUAAUAGAUUAUUCAUGAUUAAAUUCAGGCCUGAAGUGAUGUGCAAUUUUAGAGGCCUUGCCUUAAUAUUUUUAAUACAGCUUUUCUGUGUGGGUUGUUUUUGCUACGGGACUGUAAUGUUUAUCUCCUUUUCUGACUGAUACAGUGAUCCCCAUAAACUUGCAGAGAUGAUCUGCUCAAGGCCCCUGAAGUACAAAUUCAUAAUAUUAAUGAUUCUGAUCUUGCCUAUGGGAAACAGGAGUUCUCUACCUGCCCUGAGCUUGUCUUUACUGUGUAUGUACUAAGUAGGACCUUAAGUAUGAUUCUAAGCUUAAUGCAGGAACAGACCUGAUGAAAGAGACUACAGAGACAUGAAAGCCUUGGGUUUUUUUUGUGGCUUGUUGUGAAAAGCUUUGUACCUCUCUUGUUACCUCUGGACAAAGGGGAUUUUGAACUUCCAAAACUGCCAGUUCAAACCCUGGUUGAAUUUACAGAGUAAAUUGGCAAAAGAAAGAAUGAUGCUUUUAGUUGGGUGUGCAGCUCCCCUGUUUUGGUAUAGAUCUCUUCAAUGAUCGUGAGUAAAACUACUGUAUCCCUAGUGUGCUGUCUACAUCAUUUGGUAUGAAGCAGCAUAUUGCUAUAAUUUAAUAUACUGUACUUGCAACGUUCUCUCUAACAUGAGAUUGUGUUAUUUAUUUCUGUCUUGACUGGUGCUUUUGACAUUUUAUCAUGCCUAAUGAAUUCAAAGAAGUAAUAAAACAUUUCCAACCUAA